AUGCCCAUGUGCACAAAAUAUCACUUUGUAGUUAUUGAGUUUGCAAGCAAGAAGCGAGAUACUAUAAGCCAGAACCAAGAUGUUGAAACCGAAGAUUUUGCUCGUGCCAGCGCUCUUGUUGCUCAUUUCUUAGGUUACUUGGGUUUCACAUUCAAGUUUGCGGAAAUGGAUUAUGUUCCUAAGGUUGCUGAUCUAGCUGAAGCUUCAAAGUCUUUUAUGACAUUAGAAGCAAUGCUGGAUCGAGACGUUGAGCAAAACACUGUCAGAUUAGCUGGUAGUCAUUCAAGAAACCUUCUGAGAAUCAAACGUGCAAUCGAUACAAUCCGAUCUUUCUUCAAGAUGAUUUUAACUACGGAAUAUGGGGACAUGUCCUUGAAAGAUCUAGGAAUUAAGGCUUAUGAUGAGACUCUUGCUCCUUAUCACGGAUGGGCUUUACGGAAAGCCGUGCACACCGGGAUGUUUACCCUUCCUACAAAGGCACAAUUCUUAAAGAAGGUGAAUCAAGAUGAGGCCUCGACAAGAUUUGAUUUGCAAAGUUAUGUUGAUGCAUCAGCUAUUGUCAUUCAGUACGUUGACAAGCUUUUUCUUUCAAGAGAGUUGGGUACGGAAUGGUGA